AACCUGAUCAACAGCCUAUCCGCCGCGCAUCACCAUUCCGAAGCAUUGGAGCGACAGAGACAAGACAGUGGGCUCGUGCUUCAGAAACUCGUUGCAAUGGCCGAGACCACGCCCAAUCACACACAGACCGUUUCUGGAUGGGCUGCUCACGAUUCUUCUGGCGAAAUCACCCCUUACACUUUCAAACGACGGGAGAACGGGCCUAAUGACGUUACUAUACAGAUCUUGUAUUGUGGGAUCUGCCACACUGACCUCCACUAUGUUAACAAUGACUGGGGCAUCACCAUGUAUCCCGUAGUUCCCGGGCACGAGAUCGUGGGGUUGAUAACGAAGGUGGGAAGCAACGUGAAGGGGUUCAAGGAAGGAGACAGAGCAGGGGUGGGGUGCUUGGCAGCCACCUGCUUGGACUGCGAAUACUGCAACAGUGAUCAGGAGAACUACUGCCAACAACUACAGUUCACAUACAACGGCAUCUUCUGGGACGGCAGCAUCACCUACGGUGGCUACUCCAACAUGAUAGUGGCGGACUACAGAUAUGUAGUGCGCAUACCGGAGAACCUGAGGAUGGAAGGAGCGGCGCCGCUGCUGUGUGCGGGGAUAACGGUGUUCAGUCCGAUGAAAGAUCACGGACUGGUGGAGUGCGGGGGGAAGAGGAUAGGCGUGGUGGGCCUGGGAGGGCUGGGGCACAUGGCGGUGAAAUUUGGGAAAGCGUUCGGGCACCACGUGACGGUGAUCAGCAGGACGGCGGGCAAGGAGCGGGAGGCGAAGCAGAGACUAGGAGCUGAUGAGUUUAUAGUGAGCAGCGACCAAAAGCAGAUGGAGGGAGGGAAGAGGACGUUGGAUUUCAUACUGGAUACGGUGUCGGGGCAGCAUUCUCUGCUGCCUCUCCUGGAACUGCUCAAGGUCAAUGGCACCCUGUUCAUCGUGGGUGCUCCCAACGAGCCCCUCCAGCUGCCCGCUUUUCCUUUGAUCUUCGGGAAAAGGGCGGUGAAAGGAGGCAUCAUCGGAAGCAUGAAGGAGACGCAGGAAAUGCUGGAGCUUUGUGGGAAGCACAACAUCACGUGCGACACAGAGUUGAUAAGGCCCGAUCAAAUCAACCACGCCAUGCACCGCCUCGCCCACGACCAUGUCCUUCACCGUUUUGUCAUUGACAUUGCUUCUGCCUCUCCUGCUCCUUAAUUCUUUUUCCCUCUCAAUUCUUCUUCAACAAUAAAACACACAAACACACACACGUCCCCCCUGUUCUUCCUGAUUUGUAUCCACCCCAGUACCUUUUGAAUAAAAUAUGUAAACGACGGAUGAAAUAUUGGCAAAUUGCAAAUCAAGCCACCAGCCAGUAAUAGAUUCCUGAGAUGACGCUGUUUCUUAUAUUGUCUCCGUCCAUGUAUAUUAAUAUUGAUGGUUUUAUACAUUGAUGUACCCGGUGUCACUGUGCUUAAUUCCCAUCU